AUGCUGAGUCAAUUGAUAAAAUUACCUACUAACGCAAAGGUUGGUGUCGUUGGCGGUGGUAUAUCAGGUCUAACGUUUACUUACUUUCUGGGCAAGUUAAGACCAGAUGUCCAUAUCACUUUAUUUAACCCAGAGAGCCGUCCCGGAGGUUGGAUCAAUUCGUGGGAUACUCAGGACAAGAACAGAAAGCCUGUUAUGAUUGAAAGAGGCCCUCGGACAUUUAGAGGUGUCUCUGAUGGGACUGUCAUGAUCAUGGACUCAAUGCUUGAGAUGAAUAAAGGUGAUAUUAUAAGAACUAUCAGCAAAGAUUCCAAUGCAGAUAAGAAGUUUAUAGUGGACCCUACAAAUAAGUUGAUCCAAGUGCCUAACUCACUUACCACACUAAUUAAAUUUUUUCUCAAUCCUUUAAGCAAAGGGUUAUUAAGAGGUAUGAUCACCGAAUGGACAAGGAAACCUAUUGACUCUCAGAUUAAGGAUGAAAGUGUGCUAUCGUUGUUAACAAGAAGAUAUGGUAGUGUUGACAUUGGUCGUAAUUUGUUUAGUGCUCUAUAUCGUGGUAUAUACGCAGACGAUGUUGGUAAUCUCAGCGCUCGAAAAGUCGUUGGUAAAUUAUAUUACGAUGAAAGAAAGUACGGCUCAAUUACGAAGGCAUCGAUUGCUAGAUGGAGGGAAAGUUCUAAUAAGUCGAGUGAAGACAAUGAUAAAUUAAGUGAAAGUGUAGCGUUAUACACUAAAGUGUUCAAUAAGGAUGAAAACAAGAUCCGUGCAUUAUCCAAGAGAUUAGCUCAAUUUCCCAUGCUUGGUUUGAAAGGUGGGCUAUCGCAAUUUCCAAACACUUUCAAAGAAGCAAUUAUAAAAUUACCUAAUGUUUCUUUGUUGACAGACAAUGUCAUGUCCAUGAACCAAAGUACUAAAAAGGAUAAAAUGAUUCUUGAAUAUAUGAAUAUAAAUGGAAAAGAAACUCAUUUGAAAACUACUGCUAAAGAAUUUGAUCAUAUUAGGUUAGCUGUAGCUCCAAAUAUUUUUUCUAAAUUAAUUGCAAGGACAAAUCCUAAAAUCAAAGAAAAACUGGACUUGAUCAAGACUAAUACAGUGACAUUAGUCAACCUAUACAUUCCAGAUAAAGAUAUUAUCCCUAAGGAGAAGAAUGGGUUUGGUUACUUGAUUCCCGAGACUAACAGCAACCCUGAAAAAGUACUUGGUGUUAUCUUUGAUUCUGUUAUUGAAAAGAGUUUCAAACCAUUUGGCGAAACAAGUUUAAACACAACUUCAUCACCACCUCAGAACUAUACGAAAUUGACCGCUAUGGUUGGUGGCUCAAUGUAUAAUGAUGCUGAAGGUAAACAGAAUAUCGCCAAUGAACAACAAACUAUACUGAAUGUCAAGAGUGCCUUACAGAAACAUCUAGGAGCCUCCAAAGAGGAUCUAGAUGCAGGCCAAUGGAUCUAUACCGUGGCUAAGGACUGUCUACCUCAGUUUAAGAUUGGGUACAAUAACCUAAUUAAGUCAAUUGAACAAGAUGUUAUCAAUGAUUACUCAUCGAAGGUAUCCCUAGGUGGAAUGGGUUUCUCCAAAAGUCCAGGUAUCCCAGACGUUGUGACAGAUGCCCUAAUAGAUGCUACCAAAUUACAGUAA